AGCAGUGACGCAUCUCACCGCUCGUUGUACGCGCUCGGUCAAAACAUCGCGCCGCGCCGCUUUCGAGGUUAGGUUGGGGUUCAAGUCGAUUCGGGUCGUUCAGGAGGGCGUUACGUCACAAUAUAUAUAUACAUAAAACAAACAUAAAUAUAUAUGUACAACGUUCAUGUCAAACUCUCUAUAUCGAGAUGUUGGCCUAUCUCACGGUGGUAAUGAUCGCAGCCUUCGCUCAUCCCGUUUCUUCUAUCGUGGGGUACGAUUGCGGAUCAAGCGCAAUGAACAUAACAACCUUAUCGUUGUUGGACGUCGCAAAAUGUAACAUACCAAGGUCAGAAGUGGAAGUCAGCGAACAAUAUAUUGAAUUAUUGCAACUCAAUGAAUUCGCGGAAACGGAAGUGAUGCAAUUAAAAAUAGAAAUAUUUCGCAUGAUAUAUUAUUGUGGAAUGUCUUCUCAUAUUGCAACCGUGGAUAACGCGCAAUUGGAAUACAUAGAAACUGUAAGCCGUGACGCAUGUAAGGACAUGCACAAAGUCGGAAAAAACAAUGGUAGGACAAACGAUUAUAACUGGGAUAGAACUCAAUCAAACAACGAGGACCAGCGUAACUUUUACUGGCUCCGUGAAAAACGACGGUACAUGCUAUAGGGCAUCGUAUGCUGACCCUUAUGGAUCUUGGAAUAACGUGGUUGUACAGGGUACUGUAAAAAUCUCAUUGCGGAACUAUAUGGCUCAAGUCAGUUUGGAAUCGAACCGAAUCUACUUACGGCCCGGAACCAUAUGUGCACUGCUCGGAACAAAUUGCCAGGAUGGUGACGGUGAGAACACAUUUUGGGAUUCGCGACCGCGCGACAAUUGCAAAUUUUAUCGCUAUGGAAUUCUUUACAAUGGCAUUGCAAACAAAAUACGAGAUGUCGAUUCGGACGUAUCGCGUAGUCUGUACUCCGUAACAACAACGGAUGUAACUUUCGCACUGACGAGUAGAGAAACGCAUAACAUCUGCGGUUAUAAAGUUGUAAGCACCGAACAUCCCAAGCUGUUUGUAUUUGAAACGAUACCGGAAACCUCGUUUGCUGUUCAUGGAAAAGUUUCGGUAGCAAAUUUAGACAUAUUUGCGUACGUCAAAUCGAAAUUUUUAUACGUAGAAAGACAUAUCAGGCAACAAAUGAAGUCAUUGUACCAUGAUAUUUUGAAUCAACAAUGUGAUAGAGAACGACAGAUUUUACAAAACAGUUUAGCUAUCGAGAGUCAAGCUCUAGACGAAUUUGCAUUUCGACUUAUGAAAAAACCAGGCUAUAUGGCGCUUGUGGCCGCGAAGUUGUACAUAUUGUAAAGUGCAUCCCAGUAGAAGUAACUUUGUAGCGCCUCAAAGAAUGUUAUAAUCAAUUACCAGUCGCAUGUGGAAACGAAACUUUUUUCCUUACCCCACGUAUACAUAUCUUGUCGCAUAAGGAAACUCAAACAACUUGCAAUAGCUUACUGCCGCCCUAUUAUCUGUUCGGAGAUGCAUGGUAUAAAUUUACACCGAUUCCAGUAGAAGCUUUGACACCUGGAGUUAUGAAGCCAAUGACGAAACAAUCGUGGCGAUAUACAAAUCCAGCAUCACUCGCAUCCAGUGGAAUAUACACAAAAGAAGACAUCGAAAAAUUACGAGAACACAUAAUAUUUCCCCUCGAGAAACCGGCAGUGCUCAAUAAUAUCAUCCGAGGAAUCAACGGUGAAUCAACCGUAAACCAAGACGAAAGAUUUGUCAAUCUCUUGGACCAAACUUCCAUAAAACAUAUUGCGGAAUCAGCAUGGAGGCACACGUGGGGGCGGUUCAUCCAAUUCGGUACCGCUAGUGCCGGAUUCAUUGGAAUUUUACUCAUCUUUCGAGCGAUUAAGCUCGUUCUGGAUACCAUCGUACAUGGGUAUAUGCUUUGCAUACGAUUUACGGAUGGUCAAUAUAUCUCCUUGGAGCUGUAUGGAGUUCUGUAACGCAUCUAUUAAUUCAUCUCGCUCAGCGACCCAAUGAAAAUAUAUCAGAUGACGUUGAACGCGGAAUGGACCUGGAGCAAUAUAAAAGUUUCUCAACACCAAAACUAAACAAGCACCCCCUACAUCAAUCGGUUUAAACGUACCAAUAAAUAGUGACUCGAAUCUCAUUUUCUUCUGUUGUAACGUAUUAUUGGUGAUGAAGAAUGGAAAAAAUAAUUUGGAGCUAUUUUGAUGCGGAAUUGUGAUUCAACAUAUGAUCAAUCAUGUUUUUCAAAUUGUUUGUAUUUAUUUUUUUGAAAUUCGAUCGUAAAAAAAUUUCGACAAUAAACUAUAAAUAUGUUCAAAUCGAUAAUGAA